AUAUAAUUUAUUUCUAUCUAACCCAUUUAUGGAAAUAAAUAUAUUCUGUCAUAUAUAACGAAGAAAAUGUAAGUUUAUGAAAUUUUAUGCACAGAGCACAGACGGGUUUUGGGUUCCAGAAUGUAAAUGGCAGUCCCAACAGUUGACAAUUUUCCCUAGUGGUGUUGUGAAUGUAUAAAUGGGUCUAUUGUCUAAAAUCAUUUUCUUUUCCUUCAGAAGUGACCAGCACUGUCGCUGUGGGCAUACUACUUGCUUUUGUUACGUUGUAUGGAAUCAUCAUAACAUUGGUGUAUCUGCAUCUAAGACGCUCUAACAUCGCUCUAAAGCAGUCAGUCAGUGCAAGGGAGGGCCAGAGACUCGAUCCCUACACCUCCUUAGAUCCAACAACUAUGGAGCAUCCAGCCUACGAUGACACCAUAGCAACUACGCGCGGAGAUAGAGGCCAAAUGAAUGCAAUCGAGGGGGUAGAAUAUGGAAAUCAAACGAUAGUUGAGCAUCCCUACACAUCCUUAGAUGCAACAACUAUGGAGCAACCAGCCUACGGUGACACCAUAGCAACUACGCGCGGAGAUAGAGGCCAAAUGAAUGCAAUCGAUGGGGUAGAAUAUCGAAAUCAAACAAUAGUUGAGCAAACAGCUAGAGUGCAGCAAUCAAUCUUGAGAGUGGCCGGUGAGAAUACUGAGCCGGAGUACGUGUUGCCGAUUUAAAAGUGAUUCCAUGAAGAAGGACCCUGAAUAUACAGUCAAACCUAUCCAUGAAGGUCAAUCAAUGGAAUAAAAUGACCACACGCUGUAAAAUAGUUGCCUUUCUAUACACAGCUUCUACGACACACUUACCUUUCUCAAGGGAGACACAAUGCAUAGCCAUGCACUACAAACAGGUGGCCACGAAGACAAGUUUGACUGUAUAGCAGGAGCUCUAUAUGAAGUUAUAAAUGUAGCGAGUUUGUCAAAAUAUUAUAGGCCGUUACUUGAUAAUCUUUGUUGAUGUUGUUGUUGUUUACUUUUGUCAUUCUUUCAUAAUGAAUAGGAUAUAGGGUGCGCUAGGCCAGUAAUAUAUCAAGGUUCAGGAUAGGACGAGGAUUACAACUGUGAUAAACAAGGAUAAGAUUAGUUUUUCAAGUACUGAUCUCGAAAGAGGGAGUUUGAUGGUAUAAUUAUGUGUCGUUACCGUAUAUAGCCGGAGCAAAUUUGAACUUUAAAGCCAUACUGUUCUAGAAGCACUAUUGCAAAUGCAGCAAAACCCCAUCUAGCGCCAACUCAGGUCAGAUGUAACAAUAUGGUCCCGUAACUGGAUGCUUCUUUACAGUAGCUGCGCUGUUGGUUCUCGCAUCGAUUCCUCCUUCUGCUCUGUGGAAAUGAGGUAUUGGGUCACGCACUGUUGGCAAGUUGACCAUAAAAUGGCGCUGUGCAAUAAACCGUACGCUGGCCAGGGUCAGAAAGUACAUCAGUUCGUUAUCGCUUUUAUACCUUGAGAUGGUCCCUGCACGUAUUGUAAUAACAUGUAUACUUAAAUGAAAUGCAGGUGUCCUUUCUAGCAGUAUGCCGAUGCUAAUAUCAGUCUUCUAUCAACAAUCGUGUAAUAUAUAUUGUCAUAAUUCUGGGGGUGCCUAGAUUCUUGUAAAGAUUCUAAGCUAGCGUCCCCGGCAUAUCAAUCAUUAUCCCAAGACCACUUUUUAGGUAGAAUAAUCACAACUUUAAAAUUAAUUGUAAGCAUACUUGAUGAAAUGCAGGCGUUAUUUAUAAUAGUUUGCAGAAGGUAAUAUUAGUCUACUACCAAUGAUCAUGUAAAAACAAUUACAGUCUGUACAUAUGUGGUUGUGAUGGAGAUGGUGAUAUUUUAAUGGCGGCGAUGUUGAUUGUAGUGACGAAGAUGGUGGUGGUUGUAGUAGUGGUAACGAUGAUAUUGAUGAUAUGAUGUCCGGUCGUGUGAUGACGAUGAUGGUGGUAUAGUAAUGCAUGGUGGUGGUGGUGGUGGUGGUGGUGGUAUUAAUCGUGAUGAGGAUAGUGAUAACUGAUGGUGGUGGUCGAAUGUGAUGAUUAUGAAAAUGAUGAUA